AUGGAAUCUCAAAACGCUCCUUCAUCGCCUUCUCAGCUUUUAAUUGACGCUACGUCGUCACCGGCUACUCCGACUCGUAAAUUUCGCGGUAAAACUCCACAAUCAUCGACACUGCCUAUACCUCAAAUCUGUGUGAACAAUAAUGACGACGAUGGUGACGACAAUGGUCAUAUAACGAUUCUCGACGAAUUUGAUCAGGUUCUAGAAAACGAAUCCAAACGUAUAUUAGUUAGUCGUACAUUAUCACUCAAACAACAUGAUUCCAUUGAUCAUAUUGGAGUACCUCUUGGUCAACAACGAAGUUUUUCCUUUUCGCUUGGUUCAAAACCGAAUAUAGCAGAGACAGUAGUUAUCGGCGAUGACGACAAUAAUGAUAAUGACGACGAUGAUGACGAUGACGACGACGCUGACGAUGAUGAACAUACGAGUUCGUCAUCGUCAAAAACGAUGAAACUGCCGGCUACACCAAAGUCAAGCUUGUCAAAGGAGACUUUUUCACGUCUUUUUCACUCAUUCACAUUUCGCUCGGGGAAUCAUUCGUCGUCAUCGAAACUCUCCGUGACAAAAGUAGAUCAUGAACAUGUUUGUCUCCCAUGUCAACAUUCUUCCAAUCUUGAUCUAAAUCCGAAGAACAAGCGACGUCCAUCGAUAUUUGGUGUCUUCGCUUCGAAGCUAAACACACCAUCCGAUCCCGCAUCGACUCGUUGUUCCGUAUGUAAGAAAACGUAUCUGAGACCAAGUUUAACGACAAACGAUGAUCAACAUCAAUUAUCACCAUCAAAGAUACUUCGUGAUCAAAAACAAUUACAAUUACAUAUAAAAAGACGUCAAAGUCUUCCAUCAUUAUUUCAUCAUCUGCUAGAGUCCUCAUCUGUAACCACGUUAAAUUCGAAUGUUGCCAAUGAUAACAUCGAUCACGAACAACAUCAUCAAACAACAUCCCUGAACAUAUCUCAUUCAUUUUGUUCAUUAAUAGGAUCUGAUGAUAAUCACGAAAAUAAUUCAUUAAAACGACAACGCACCAACUAUCAUGAGUCAUCGCAACAAGCUGAAAAGGGCGGCAUCAAAGAUGAAAAUGAUAAUGAACUUGUCCCUGAGAUUGACGAACACCAUGAUUCAACGACAACAAACAACGUCGAAUUCACAUUAGAAAAUAACACUAUACAUCAACAAUUUCUACAUCCUCCCGAAGAAAAAACUCGUAGUUUAUUAACCAAUGUCUUUCGUACACGACGAUCUAAUCUAGCUUUGGAUUCACCUGAAACGAAUAUGUCUGGUAAACAAUUCAGUAUGUCAGUUCUCAAUCUAGCAACAUCAAUUAAUACAAGUCGAAGAAAUAGUGCAAUAGCAACAGUUAAUGAAUCAACAUUUGAUCCACGAAAACAUGCUUUAUCUGAAGAAAAUUUGCCAUCAGUGGUAUGUUUAUUGUUGAAGAAAAGUUCUUUGUAA